AAAACCUCCGUCUUCCAUUCCCAUCUUUGUCUCGCACAUUGAGCUCCUAAACAUUUCUUCAAAUACCCGGUGAGUCCAUCUUCUCCCAACCCAUCUUCUGGGGCUCUUUUGGGACUCCACGCACUAAUAAAAUCUUCACAGAAAGCUUCAAAUUUUGUGCUUCACCUUUGUAUUUGUAAGUGCCCUUUCUCUCUCUUUAUUCAUUAACAUAAAUUCUUUUUGCAACUACUGCAAGCUUGCUGCUUUAUAUCUCUUUGAUAGCAAUACUUACGAGAGAGAGAGAGAGAGAGAGAGAGAGAGAGAGAGAGAUUUAUAAUUUUAUAUGGGCAAGUCAGGGGGUAGGAAGAAGAAGGGUGGUGCAAACCAAGUAACAGGUGAUAAUUCUACUCCAAAAGCUAAUGGUGGUGUUGAUUUGGACUCUUCGGUAUUUUUAACAAGAGCCCAAGAGCUCAAAGAAGAAGGGAACAAGAGGUUUCAAAAUAAGGACUAUGCUGGCGCUCUUGAGCAGUAUGAUAAUGCUCUCAGAGUUACUCCAAAAACCCACCCUGACCGAGCUGUGUUUCAUAGCAAUAGAGCGGCUUGUUUGAUGCAAAUGAAGCCCAUAGACUAUGAAACUGUGAUUGCUGAGUGUAAUAUGGCUCUUCAGGUCCAGCCCCGGUUUUUCCGGGCUCUCCUUCGGAGGGCUCGGGCUUUCGAGGCAAUAGGGAAGUAUGAAAUGGCGAUGCAGGAUGUUCAGGUGUUGUUGGGGGCUGACCCCAAUCAUGGGGACGCAUUGGAAAUUUCCCGGCGGUUGAGGACGGCAUUGGGUCCUCGCCCGGAGGCCCAGCAGGACCUCCAGAGCCGCCCAUCCCCUGCUGCCCUUGGUGCUUCUGCAGUUCGUGGUGCACCAAUUGCUGGAUUAGGACCUUGUUUACCUGCCCCCCCAGUACCAAAGAAGGCAAAUACUGCAGCAGGGGGAUUAGUAUUAUCGCCUAAUAAUAAACCAGAGAAGCCCCAAGCGGUUCUACCCUCUGAAAACGGUCCUGGGUCUAAAGGACAAUUGCCAAAACUUGUUUUGAAGCCUUCGAGUGGUACUUCAAAACCUGCUAAUCCAAGCAAGAAUAAUCAGAAGGAACAGCCAUCUACCGCAUUAGUCUCAUUGCAUGGGCAGGCUCCAGAGGCUGCAAUCCAAUGGAGGCCAUUGAAGCUUGUUUAUGAUCAUGACAUAAGGCUUGCCCAGAUGCCAAUAAAAUGCAGUUUCAAAGUGUUACGAGACAUCGUGAGCAAAAGGUUUUCCUCAUCAAAGUCAGUUUUGAUCAAAUACAAGGACAAUGAUGGUGAUUUGGUGACCAUAACCUGUUCAGGGGAACUCAGAUUGGCGGAGUCUUAUGUGGAUAGCCUCAUACUAAAGGAUCUGGAAACAGAUAAGACAGACACAAUUGGGAUACUGAGACUGCAUAUUGUGGAGGUGAGCCCUGAGCAAGAGCCUCCUAUAUUGGAAGAAGAGGAGAAGGAUAUGGAGAGUGAGGGAAACAAGGGAGAUGAAAUUGGCUCCAAUUCGUCACUUGGUGAAUCUGUUUUGGAACCAGCUGAUAUGGGAAUUGAUAAGACAGAGAAAGAAUCUCAGAAGGAGAAACCGGGAGCAGAAGAUCCUGCAUGCAAGGAAGUGGAGAUGGAUGAUUGGCUGUUUGAAUUUGCUCAGCUUUUUCGCACUCAUGUUGGUAUUGACCCAGAUGCUCAUAUAGACUUACAUGAGCUUGGGAUGGAGCUUUGUUCCGAGGCACUUGAGGAGACAGUGACAGGUGAAGAAGCCCAAGGUCUCUUUGACAAGGCUGCUGCUAAGUUUCAAGAGGUGGCUGCUUUGGCAUUCUUCAACUGGGGAAAUGUUCAUAUGUGUGCAGCAAGGAAACGCAUUCCCUUGGAUGAAUCUUCUGGAAAGGAGGUGGUGGCUGCACAGCUUCAAGCCGCUUAUGACUGGGUUAGGGAAAGAUAUUCUCUGGCCAGAGAGAAGUAUGAGGAGGCACUCGUGAUCAAACCAGACUUUUAUGAGGGUUUGCUUGCUCUGGGGCAGCAGCAAUUUGAAAUGGCCAAACUUCAUUGGUCAUUUGCACUUGCUAAGAAGAUAGAUCUCUCAAGCUGGGACUCUACUGAAACUCUAAAACUUUAUGAGAGCGCGGAGGAAAAGAUGAAGGCUGCGACUGAGAUGUGGGAGAAGCUGGAGGAGCAGAGGGCAAAUGAGUUAAAAGAUCCAAGUGCGAUUAAGAAGGAAGAGUUGUUGAAAAGAAGAAAGAAACAAACUGGUAAUAAUGAAGGUGAGCCCUCGAGCCUUGGCAGUCAGAGCGAAAUAUCAGCAGAUGAAGCAGCAGAACAAGCAGCUGUGAUGAGAUCACAGAUACAUCUCUUCUGGGGUAACAUGCUUUUUGAGCGAUCCCAAGUUGAAUGCAAAUUGGGACUGGUUGGUUGGGAGAAAAACCUGGAUGCUGCUGUUGAGCGCUUUAAGCUUGCUGGAGCGUCUGAGACUGACAUUUCGAUGGUUCUGAAGAACCACUGCUCUAAUGGAGAUGCAGUGGAAGGAGAUGUUAAAGGGGUUCCAAAGUCAGAUACUGAUGUGGCUGGUGAAGGUAAGAAUGAUGUAGCCGAUGAAGUAUCGACCAAGUGAUAUGGAGUGGUUUUUGUUUUUUGAUCAUUGUGGAGUGAUGUUAUCAAUCUGCAUCAGAGCCUACCUUCUAAUUUUCUCAAUUCAAUCAUGAGCAUGAACUGGAGAAAGGAAAUGUUUUUUCUCAUAAAAAUGGUGGAAUUCUGGAAAAUAUACCGGCAUAACUGAUUGAACUUAAUGCUCAUUUUUAUCCUAAUCAUUGACAUCCCCAGUAGCAGUUGGUAAUGUAGCACAUUUCAAGAGAAUGUCAUUAAGUAGAUAUAAUAAGCCAUUUGAAGUAUGAUACAUUAUUACGUGUGAUUGGGAAUGAUCCUUGUUCUUAAAAUUGCCAAUGUUAAUGAUAUUUUCACUAUUACCUUGC